CACCCACCGUCAAUAAAUAGGGCCAGAGAAGGAAUCGAAUGAAGAUAUGGAGGUUCUUUUAUGACCGGCUUGGAGGAUUAUUCCACAUACCCAUUUAGAAGACACAGUUAGGAUGAAGAUGCAGCUCCAUACAUGACGGUAAUUUAGAAGCAAGAGAGAUGUCUAAUCAGGAUGUCCCGGGGCGAUUGUGCCAAGAGGCUUACCAGCACAUCCUUAAAGAGGAACCAUCUCUAGCGGCCGCAUUUUAUAUGGCUGCAUUUAGCUGUAACGCGCCUACUGCAAUACAAAGAGCUAAAGCGCUAGCCGGUGGACAAUUCCAGCAAGUAAUAGCUACCCUGGAGAGCUGGUGCUUCGGAGAGAGCGAAAUACCCAAAAUCCGCUGUGAUGGAAUGGCCAUUGUAUCUCUCACCCCCGGCAUCGCGGCUGUUUUUCUUUCUACGCUGUGUCCAAAUAAUUUCGCUGCCUCGCUGUUCAAAAUGAGCACAUUCCUUAAAAGCGGGCGUUAUGAAGACGUGGUGAACAGAUGCAACUCUUUAUUAAAUACCCACCCGCAAUAUAGGCUUGAAAUAUUGCUUACCAGAGCCUUGGCCUUGGUUUUGUCCCAAACAAACACGCAAAACGGUGUACAAGAUUACAUCCAAGCCUUCACAAAACACAAAGAUAAAACACAGGAGUUUAUCAGAACAAAACAAAGGGAAUACCUUCCUCACCUAAUCAACUCAUUUAAUAACUAUAUUUGUGUUUACCAGAACGAUACUAAUAAUGGAUGUACGGAUUCCAUGCUUCAAGACUGUUACAAUUUUUUGUCAGCCUUGGCUCCCGAUGACGUCCAGAUAUGCAAGACGCAAGCCGCGUAUUUGUUUGAGAAAUGCAAGUUCGAAGAAUGCAUAGCUGUGUAUUCCAGGGCCAUCGAGACGCUAUCUCUGGAAACAAGAAUCAAAGAAGAGAAGAUUUCUUGUCUGCUGGUUGACAGGGCAGCCGCGUAUUACUCUUUAGGCUGUCGGACAAAAGAAAUGGUGCAGGACCUAUCGGAAGCGUUUAAAGUCAGCCUAAGUCACGCAAGGAAACGAUUCCACGACAUUUUCUCCGCCGAUGAUGUAGCCAGAGUUAUCGAACGUUCCAAGUCAUACAUAGAGAUGGAGUUCGGAGAUUACAGGGAAACGGUACGGACUCGAACUGAGUUAAGAUCUGAUACUGGAGCAGAACUUCUUUUCCCAAUAGUGCAAACUCUUGAGUUUUUGAUUCAAUGCUGUCCAAGCAACAGACGUGAAAUGAAUGUCCGUCUUGCAGAUUGCAAACUCCUGUCAGGAGAUUUCCGGGCUUGUCUGGACAUCUGCAAUCAUCUACUUGAUUCGGAAAAAAAGACGUAUCAGAACACCUUGUUAGUUUUGCGAGGUUUUUGCCACUUUCACAAUAAUGAGCACCAGGAAGCCCUGAAAGACUUCCAGAGGAUUGUAGAAGAUGAGUCUCCUCACCCUUCCAGUUGCGUAAAAGCCCUCUGUGGAAGAGGCCUCAUUCGUAUGAUCAGUGGUAGCCCCUACUUGACUGCCUUGGACUAUAUUACAGCCUGUAAGCUUAAACUGGACGAGACCCUUCUCACAAUUAAGUCUUACGUGCCUUGGAAUCAAAGAGGUCUGCUUUAUAAGGUGCUGCAAGAAGAAGGACAGAAGAUGUUGCACAGGAAGUCACCCAAUCCAAAUGAUAAUGAAAAUAAGAAGAAGCAAAACAAGCAGGAUGGUCCUUCAUCUAAAGAAUGUGAUGUUUCAGGUGUUCACCAGCUGGCCACACUCCUGAUGAUGCUUGACCCCUCCGAUGAUGUGUGUCGGAUCCUCUGCACAGAUGCUCUCUACCAGCUCGACCGAAUAGAUGAAGCUCACAAGAUGUUAUCUUUAGCUCUCAACAGCAGUACCCAAAGAUCUCCGGUUCUUGCUAGACUUGCACUGCUACAGUUCAAGAAAGGCUUUAUUUAUGAUGGCAACCAGCUGAUUAAAAAGGUGAUACAGAUAGGUGACACCUCCUGCCUUCUACCCAUCAUGGAUGUAUUUAAAGAAGAAGACAGAAAAUUAAUGCAAGAUCACUGCCAUUCGAAGGCUCUGUCCGUUUUACAGAACAGGGAAGGAGAAACGUACAUCAAAGAGGCAAUAGCAUACUUUUCAUUUGCAAUCAUUGCAUCAGGUGGACAUGCCAAAGAUUCGUUGCUUGCCAGGGCUAGGUGCUAUGGUCAGCUUGGACAGAAAAAAACGGCUAUUUUUGAUUUCAACGCAGUCCUAAAAGAUGAUCCUCGUGAUGUAGAGGCUCUCAGUGGAAAAGCGUUCAUGCAUAUGUCUCUCCGACAGCAGAAGGAAGCCGUGCAUGAUCUUUGCCUUGCAGUCAAGGUGGAUACAAGCUACGUAAUCCGAGAGGCUCAGACUCUGAAGCCAGAGGCACAACUUUUGGUCACAGAAUGGUUACAUGACCACUGUCGGACAUCAUUAGCAGAACUUCUUACUGUAAAUGCAGAGCUCCUAAGUGAUCCAGCCUUUGGUGACCUAGAGAAGAUUUCACAAUGUCUUACAGAGAUAGACAACACAAACGCAAAUGUCCACAUUUUGUAUACGGAUAUCCUUAUUGGGAAAGAAAAAUAUGAAGAGGCCUUUAUGCACCUGAAGAAGUCGUUCAGUAACAGCGCAAUUGAUGAAUCUGCUAAAGCUCGAUAUGGAGUUCUCCACGUCAAAUAUCGGAACGUCCUGGCAGCAGCUCAGGAGCUCUGCCCAUUGGCUGGAAAAUCCCCAAGUGACGUCGAAAUUCUAGUAAAAUUUUUAGACAAAAGACAGAGACAAAGCCUAUCGCAGGUUGCAGGACAAGAGGGGAAUUCCUUAUCUCAAGAAAACCAGCACGGAAAAGCAUUGAAUUAUUUUUCACUUGCCGUUAUUGCAAGCAAUAAUAACCCGAAAUACCUACGCCAGCGAGCUUCUUGUCUCUCCCAUCUUGGGGAUUAUAAGAGUGCUUUGAUAGAUAUGGACAAAGCAAUACAGAGACAUGGUUCCAAUGAUCUACAGGUUCAGGUGGAAGACUACUGCUCUAAGGGUUAUGUUUUGCUCUUAAUAUCCGAGGAGGACACAGCAGUCAGACAGUAUAUGAAGGCUCUCAGUCUAGAUAACACAUUUGCUUUGGCGUGCAUUAGUAAUACGCCUGGAAAAUGUAAGCUAUCCCAGAUUUUCACUCAAAUAGCACACAAAUAUUUUGAGCAACGCUCGUUCGAAGAAUCUUGGAAAAUUACCGACUGUGGUCUUCUUAUUGAUGAAAAUAACCAUGAACUGAAAAGGCUAAAGGCUCGAAUUAAAAGGGAAGCAUCUGGAUGUAUCGUUCACUGAUUUAGCCCUCAUGUUACAUGGACUUCAUUGUAGU